AUGACGGAGAUAGAUGACAGCUUAACAGCUAUGGACUGGCUUGUUAAUCCAUCCAUAGAUAUCUUUUCUGGACUCAAAUUAAGCAAUGUCUUUUUUGACCAAGUAUCCCAAGCAGAUUCUGUGGAUUUCGUCAGUGGAAAUCGAAAUUCAAAGCCGGAUAAUGCUCAUCCAGAUAAGCCACCGUACAGCUAUGCUGAACUUAUCAAGAAAGCAAUCGAGUCUUCGCCACAAAACAAAAUGACGUUAAAUGAAAUUUAUGAAUGGAUAUGUAAGAACUUUCCUUAUUAUCGGGAAGGCCAGAAUGGAUGGAAAAAUUCAAUACGGCAUAACUUGUCUUUAAACCGUUUGUUUCGAAAAGUAGCAAGACGGUCUGAUGAGCCUGGAAGAGGUUCAUUCUGGAGGAUAAUGGGUGAAUGCAAUAAGUCAAAGUUGUCAACUUUUACGAAAACUGCGAACGUAAGAACCAAAGCCAGCUUUGUACUUUGCGAUCAUACAAACACGGUUCCUAAAUUGCUUAAAUUGCUUACUUGCACCUUCAAUAGUUUUUCCGCAAAAGCGUACACUUUGAUUUGA